UUCUCUCUAGAAAUAAUUUGUGUUUCAAAAAUAGAUUCACACUUUUGUGAUUAUUUUUUCUCAAAAUCCAAGUACUAAAGACUCAUAUAAUUUAGUUGCACAUAAUUGCUUGGCAAUGACGAAAGUUAUCUGUGUUUUGUCGAUCUGUCAGCUUCUAGUGGCAGCGGUAGUGGGAGCAAGUCAAAAAUUAGACUUUCAUAGUGUGCAAAUUUCUGUAGAAUUCUUUAUUGCCGGUGAAAAUGCUGAUCGAUAUCAGAAUUCACUUAGUGAUUUUAUGGAUAAGUUUAACGAACAAUUGCAAAUGAAUGUGACACAUGAGGUGGAGAAUUUAUUUGUAUAUCUUGAACAGAGUCAAAAUAUUUCAAUAACAUUUGCUGACAAUGUGGAUGAAUUCUUCGAUAUAGCCAAAAACGAAAGUGACAGACUUCUUGUGGAGCUUCAGAAUGCAUUAUCAAGAGAUAACCUUACGGAAAAGACCAAAUACCAACUGUCAGAUUAUCACACUGAAAUGGAAAAUCUGAAAGAAAUUUUUUGCGGAAUUUUAGAUGAUGUCACAGAAUUCACAUUGGACUCGGUGAGAAUGGUUCAGAGCACUAUGCAGCAAUUCGCAGAAGUCGAAACCAUGAUCAUCGAACGACGACGACACUUUCAGGAUGAUGAUUUCUGUCACAAUGAUUUCACUGAAUUUCUUUGGCAAUCAGCUGGCGAGGUGAUACAGUGUGCAAAUUCAAGACUGCACAUUACUUAUGAUAUUUUUUCGAUCACAAAACUGGCCACAUAUCAUAUUUUGAAGAUGCUGGAACAUCGUGUUCAAAAAAUUUACAAUUGUUUUAUGUUUGGAAAUUAUUCGUUUCGUUGUCGAUUUGUAAAGAAUGCCGAAACGGAUUUCGAGAAGCUACACACUAGAUUGGAUGAUUUGCAAAUGUAUAAUGAGAAACAACGGCGAAAAAUCUAUCGAAGUCGACAGAGGGGUGGCUUUCUCAGGUGUAUUCCACUGAAUUUCCCGGAUGGACAGAUCACGGAAUCUCUUAGGUCGUGUUAUUCUACUUCACAAAAUAUUAUUGUGCCCUAGUCGGGCUUAUAUAUUUUAUUGUUAAGCUAAGAAUUAACUAAAAAUAAAAAUAACUAU